GGGAAAGCCACGUUCAGUUGGUGGGUUGGCGUUAAGCGGUGAACACCUCUGAGGAGCUGGUCGAAAUCGGACUUAAAAGGAAAUCGAUAGAGAAAGAAAGAGUUUUUCGAUUCUACUCCUGUAUCUAGACGUACUGCAUCGGAAAACUUCACUGGACUCUCGUAAGAUGCCGAGAAAGAGUGGAGAGCUGGAGACUGAUGCCACGGAGAUCCGGAUUACAGUGAAUCGCGCAGACGAUGACAAGAGCAUCUGCCUGAACGACGAGGACCGCGGCGUCUGGGGCAACAAGAUCGAAUUCAUCCUUUCAUGCCUCUCCUUUGCCGUCGGCCUCGGCAACAUCUGGAGGUUCCCGUACCUCUGCUACCGAAAUGGCGGGGGUGCUUUCCUGAUCCCCUACUUCUCCAUGCUUUGCAUCACGGGGCUGCCGCUCUUCUUCUUUGAGCUGAGCUUCGGCCAGUAUGGGCAGGAGGGUCCCAUCACUAUCUGGAAGGCGGUGCCGCUUUUCCAAGGCAUCGGGAUCGGCAUGUUCAUGAUCGCCUUCUUCAUUGCGCUCUACUACAACAUCAUCAUCGCUUGGGCCUUCUUCUACCUCUUCUCCUCCUUCACUGCCGAGCUGCCAUGGCAGUCAUGCGACCACUGGUGGAACACCGCGGCCUGCCGAAGGUUCGACACGAAGAACUGCACCGCGAAUAACGGCCUCAUGUCCCGCAACGGCACCUGCUACUUGGAGAGCGACGUGUCGAAGGAAGAAUGGCAGCUCCUCAACGAGACCUCGGAGAGCAUGAAGCUUCCAGCCGACGAAUAUUUCCAUAACUUCAUGCUGGACAUCUCUGAGGGUUUCCACGACGACGAAGGCCACACGCUACAGUGGCGCCUCUGCCUGUGCCUGAUCCUCUCGUGGGUCGUCGUCUUCCUCGGCCUCUUCAAGGGCGUCACCAGCAUGGGCAAGGCCGUGUACUUCACUGCGCUCUUUCCCUACGCUGUGCUCAUCAUCCUGUUCGCAAGGGCGGUCACGCUACCAGGCUACCUCGACGGCAUCGCCUUCUACAUCACACCGGAGUGGGGCAAACUCCUCACAGCAAGGGUGUGGGCAGAUGCGGCUAUGCAGAUAUUCUUCUCCCUCGGGCCUUGCUGGGGUGGCCUCAUCACCUUAGCGUCCUAUAACAAGUUCAACAAUAAUUGUCUGAGGGACGCCAUCUUCAUAGGCAUUGCAAACUGCGCCACAAGUUUCUUCUCAGGUUUUGUCAUAUUCGGCAUUGUAGGGUUUAUGGCCUUCAAGCUAGGUGUUCCCGUGAAAGAGGUGGCUGCCCAGGGAGCGGGUCUGGCGUUCGUGGCCUAUCCGGAAGCUGUGGCUCGACUACCCAUCUCGCCGCUGUGGUCCAUCCUCUUCUUCGUGAUGCUCCUGACGCUGGGUCUCGGCUCGCAGUUCACCAUCGUACAGACGGUCAUCACGUGUAUUGUGGACGUGUUCGGUCUGCGGAGGCACUACAAAGCUAUGUGCUGUAUCGUUUGCACCGUCGGGUGUGUUUUGGGCCUCGCCAUGUGUACUCGCCAUGGGAUGUUCAUCCUCCAGCUUCUCGACAACUAUUCCGGGACUUAUUCGGCGCUGAUGAUCGGCUGUGUAGAGCUUAUCGCCAUCAUGUGGGUAUACGGGGUCGAUAAUUUCAUGGACGACGUCAAGAGUAUGCUGGGCGGAUAUCCAACAGGAUAUUAUUACUGGAAGUUCGUGUGGACGUACAUCACACCUGCGAGUGUAUUCAUGAUCCUUCUCUUCACCUUCAUCGACUACUCGCCGUCGUCGUACAGUAACUACCAGUUCCCUCUGUGGGCGGACAUCCUUGGCUGGUGCAUCUCCUUCUCCUGUAUCGCCGCCGUCCCCAUCCGCGCCAUCUGGCUCAUGCUCGGCAAGAGCGGCCCGAUUAAAGCUCGCAUCCAGCAGCUGUGUCGCCCGGCGCACGACUGGGGACCGGCGGGCCGAAAGCACACGGACGACACCACCCUCAACGCCAUCGACUCCAAGACUCCUCUCGCCAACGACGAGGAGCUGUACGAGAUGGAGCGCGAGUCCCCUUACUUAACUCGCGUGUCUGAGGAGUGGGAAGACGAAGAGGACGACGGCCUGCACAUGAAGGUCCCCUCGCGCACCAAGGUCUAAGCGGGGCAGCAGGGGAAAGCCGCUGGGAAAGUUCCUUGUAUGUCUUUCUCACGGCCUCUCAAGCCCGAGGGAGCAGGGGCCGGUCACGUCAGACAGCUGAGUGCUUAAGAGCAGGACCAAGGGAAGUCGGACUGUCUCCAACGGGGCGAGUAAACCAACGUUGCUGGAAGUUCCUCUUCUCUUUCAUGGAAGUGAUCUUCGAAAGGCUUCUUCGCCAACUCCAUCGCCGAGAAGAUUUCAAUAGAGGUCUGAGGAACAUUUGUAAAGUGUUAUCAUGAACAUUUACAUGAAACUAGUAUGCAUGCUGUGGAUGUUCAUUGCAAGCUCAAGGCAUUGCAAAGGAAAGGAAUAGAAGAGCAACCUAUAAGAACCGAUUGCAAAGGAACCAAUCCGGCAUUGCCGAAUUCUACCCAAUUGUUUGAAUAUAUAAAUGUUUGCGAUCUGUAUGAAAGGGCCAGCAUUUGCAAAUUGGGUUGCAACAGAAAACAAGCUUCGGUAGUUUUCUUCAAAAAGAACAAAUGUUUAACAGCUCAAGGUGUUUAAGCACGUUUGUGACAAAACAAGUGUUGUUGUAUUAAAAUUAUUAUAGAAGCCUAAUGUUGUCAGAUGUUUGUUAUAGAGUUCAGGUAGCGAGUCGAACGAAGACCGGAGCUCAGAUGAACAUAAGUUGAGUGACUGAACGCAUUUGGAUUUGCACAAAGGCAGUGGAAAGCGUACAUAUACAUACAUGCAUAUAUGCAUGCUUGCAUCUACGCGUCCAUGCUUGUAUGCACACACACACACACACACACACACA